CCGAGACGCCCGCGGGCGCGCGAAGCGCGUCGCGGCGCGGGCGACGAAGCCGUCGUCGGGAACGCGGCGCGCGCGACGCGAAAACGCGCGCGCGCGACGCGGGACGGCGAUCGAGCGCGGGUAAUCGCCGGGGAAGAUCGACAUUUCGAACGGAAAUCACGCGAAACGCGCGAGGAAGAGGACGCGAGCGGACGCGGGGGGGGGUCGAGGGCGCGCUGAGGGCGUUGGACGAUCGAUUGAGGGCGUCGAGGGUGGUGCUGGUGCGGAUCGUGGGGUGGAGUCGUCGGCAUGAGUUUGACCGUGACGAGGGCGACGCUGAACACCGACACGCCCAUCGUCGGCGUGGAGCUCGCGCCGUAUAUCGUGACGCGUAAGAGCGAUGGGACGUCGACGACGGAGGAUAUCGGUAAGGAGAACGCGCACGAGGGGAGUUACGUGCGGUAUCGAUGGUUUCGGUCGGGGAAGAAGACGAAAAUGAACGUGUGCUCGGUGCACCCGGCGGAACAGGCUACGCUUCUGAAUAUAGCGACGCGCACGUAUCACUGCGAUUCCGAAUGCUUCAAGCACGCGUGGCGAGAGUGGAAUCGUAACCGGAUCGCGAAUGGGGAGCCAUUCCCGACCAAGGCGGAUCGAGCGUCUCCGAAGGAUGACGUCGAUGGAUGGAAGGCGGCAAAGGCGGAGCGGGCAGAGGACAAACCCGAUGAGAAGAAACGAGUGGAGCCUUGGAUUGAAGUUUGUCAGACGAGGAACUAUACGGUGAGCGCGGAUGACGUCGGGCACGUGUUGAAGUUGGAAGUCGUACCCGUGGACGCGAAGAGUGGGAACGAGCAAGCGCAGCCGCAAAAUGUGAUAACCGGCAGAGUGAUUCCAGCGCCGGAGCCACCGAGAAGGAAUUUGGUGAAGAUUUCGCACAAUAGCACUCCAGAACCUCGCACUUUCACGGUGGCGACGUACAACGUGCUUGCUGAUCUAUACUGUAACAGCGACAUGUACGGGUACGUCCCCGACUGGGCGUUGGCGUGGGCGUACCGCCGACAGAACAUCUUGAAGGAGAUUGUCAACUACAAUGCAGAUAUUCUUUGCUUGCAGGAAGUGCAAUCCGACCACUACGAGGACUUUUUUCAAGGUGAAAUGGCCAAGUACGGUUACGCUUCAGUUUACAAGAAGAAGACGGCGCAAGUGUUCAGUGAAGGGAAAUUUGUCAUCGACGGCUGCGCCAUCUUCUUCAAGAAGGACAAGUUUGCGUUGAUUAAGAAGUACGAGGUAGAAUUCAAUAAGGCUGCGCUGAGUCUGGUCGAGUCUCUCGGCGGAGCGACGCAGAAGAAGGAUGCGCUAAACCGGUUGAUGAAGGAUAACAUCGCUCUCAUCGUCGUCCUCGAGGCGUUGGACGUGGACCAGCAACUGUUGCAAGGGAAACGGCAGUUGCUAUGCGUGGCGAAUACGCACAUUCAUGCCAACACCGAGCACAACGACGUUAAGUUAUGGCAGGUUCACACGUUGCUCAAGGGUUUGGAAAAGAUUGCGACGUCUGCGGAAAUUCCCAUGGUGGUGUGCGGAGAUUUCAACUCGGUUCCAGGAUCGGCGGCGCACUCGCUCCUGUCGAACGGUCGCGUUCCCGCGGACCACCCAGAACUUGGCAUCGAUCCUUUUGGAAUCUUGCAACCGUCUACGAAGUUAUCGCACCCGCUUCCGCUCGUGUCGGCGUACACUAACUUGCAUAAACCAUGUUUGGAUUCAGAGGCGCUGGAGCGCCAGCGCGACCGUGUGGACGUCAUCGGCGAGCCGUUGUUCACCAAUUGCACCAAAGACUUCAACGGUGCGCUGGAUUACGUCUUCUAUACCGAAGACGCCCUCGCGCCGGUGAGUUUACUUGAACUUCCCGGUGAGCGCGAGGUUCGCGCCAAGUAUGGUGGUUUACCCAAUACGCAGUGGUCGAGUGACCACGUCUGUCUGAUGACGGAGUUCCAAUGGGGAGCGCGCAUGGAUCCAAACUCGCCGUCGGCGUACGGGCCGCGCUACAUGUGAGAGCGUGAGAGUACAUUACAAAGCAAAAACAUCGAAAAAACAAAAAAGAGUGUUAGCGCUUAGCUU